ACCGCCCUCCUUCUUGCUAUUGGCUCAAAAAAAGAAAAGAAAAAACGCGUCACAGGUGACUGGAUAAAUAAGGCUGAGUGAACCGCACACCGCGGAGAGCGAGUUUUGCGCAAGCGGGAUCAGAUAAAUUACGCAGUUAAUUUAUUUUAAGUGAUGAUUAUGGGACACACGAUCGCACUGAUUAUGUUAAUCGCGGUUGAUUUUCUUGGAGUUUCGUCCGCAGCCACCCACACGCUGCAGUACGUCACGGUCAUCAAACCAGGAAUCCGUUUCACAACUGGUGAGGUGGAUGGACAGCAGUUUGUGUACUACAGCAGCAACGACACAGAGGUGACCCCAAAGACUGAGUGGAUACAGAAGAUCAAUGCUGUUGAACCAGAUUACUUUAAGAGUGAGACAGACAGAAUGAGGGGUGAACAUGACGACCUCCAACAGCUCUUGGGACUGAUUAAUGAUACUAAAGGAGGUCAUGAAAUUUACAGUACGUACAGAUGUGAGCUCUCAGGCACCCGUAGUGGAUCCAUUCAGUUGCGUUAUGAUGGAAGAGAUUUCAUCCAUCUGGAUCUGCACUCUCUCACCUGGACGGCAGAUGACAGAAAAGCUGAGGACGUCAUAAAAGAGUGGGAAUCUGCUGGAGAUGAGGCUGAAUACUGGAAGAACUACCUGAACAAGACUUGCAUUGAGUGGUUAAAGCAUCUUGUGGACAUGAAAGGUGGAGGAUCAGGUGGAGGAUCAGGUGGAGGAUCAGGUGGAGGGUGGAUAGUUGUUGUAGCUGUGGCUGUCGUUCUUAUUGCUGUUGGUGGAAUUGUCUACUGCAAGAAGAAGAACUCUGAUUUAACACCUGUUCCAGAUUCAGACAGUGAGAGACCCUCUGAAGUGACGAGUGAUUUACUUGUGUGUGGUGUGACUACAGCUUCACUGCCCACUCAGAUCCGCUCAGAAAGUGUAAUAAAGAUUUUCAAUGUUUAUAAUAAACUUACCACUAAGCUGACUAAAUGAUACGGAAGAAGUGGGACAAAGUCUAAGAUAAAGUGCUUCUAGGUGUGCAGGAUGUGUUUCAUGUCCUGUGAAGGACUGCCAUCCCUUAUAGUGUCUACUUAAGACAGAUUAAUCUUUGAUUAAAAAGAAUGUGUUAAAAAAAGGACUUGCAAGUAUUUUGUUUAAUUCUCACAUUUGUGUGAGUGAUGUAACUGAGGUCAGAGCUCAUACUGAACUUUACCAAUAUUUAAUGGUCUAUUUAUGACAAAGAUGAUUUUUUUUUGUAUAACUUAUUGUGUUAUGACUAUUUGAAAUGACUUGACCCUUUGUAAAAUUACAAUUAAAGAUGUUUACUUUUAUAAUGAAUUUGUCAUAAGAAAAGACUUUUAUGUAUUUAUUCUACGUUAUUUUUAUUACAGAUCAGAGUGUUGAGUUGAAUGUUGAGAAUGUUGAGUGCAAAGGUUCAUACACAAUACUCAAAAUAAUAGUGUCAAGAGGAUGUGUUUUGAAGUGUAACCCCCCCCCCCAUAAGACAUUAUGUAUUAUGAUUAAAACUAAACUGAAGAAAAGUUUACGUUGUAAUAAAUCACCUACAUCUCAAAAUGAGAGCACUUUAUUACCAAAUACUAUGUUUUAUACUUUUUUAAUGCAACAUAUUGUUGGUGAAUUACCUGUAAACUUGAAAAUAAAGUCACUUUCAAGUCCAU